AUGGAAGACUUUGUGGAGGUCCCGAGCUCGGGAGUGCAAAAUGGGCCAAAAGACUUGGAUUCGGCGGAGCUUGACUCGAUUCUUGAUUCGUUAUCACACAACGUCACGCUGCGAGAAAUACCGGUCGAUCGGCGCAUAAAGAGUGUACUUUUACCCCACCAAAAGGAAGCAAUAGACUUCAUUUUCCAACGAGAGAUUGGAAAGGUACCAUCCGAAUUGAGCCUCUGGCGAUACAACGAUGUCGACGCGGAUGAGCCUUUUUAUCAACACGUCUUCAGUGGGGCAAAAUGUCCAAAGCAAGAUGAGGCCAAGGGUGGUAUUAUUGCGGACGAAAUGGGGCUGGGAAAGUCAUUGGUCAUAUUAUCCACCAUUGCUGGCACUCUUGACCGUUCAGCAGGCUUUGCAGCCCAAGAAAAGCAGGUCUUGCGACACCAAGCCGCGAGAAAAGUUCCAUCAAAAGCAACACUCAUCCUUGCACCCUCUUCACUCUUAAUCGACAGUUGGGUCGAAGAAAUUCGCAAACACGCUUAUCCCGGAGGCCUGUCAUUUCACAAGCACCUUGGUCCAUCGAGGCACGCGGAGACGGCUCUGCUUCGUGAGCGAAUGAUAGUUUUUACCACUUACGCGACCGUUGCCGCAGAACAUUGCCGCGGUGACAGUCCAUUAGCUAAAAUUGACUGGUUCAGAAUCGUACUGGACGAAGCUCAUGAUAUCCGAAAUCGGCUCACAAAACAGUUCCAAGCUGUUACUAGUCUCUCGGCACAACACCGCUGGUGCCUGACCGGCACACCAAUUCAGAACACCCUCGAAGACCUCGGAGCGCUAGUCUCGUUCCUGAAGGUACCAAUCAUGGAACAAGCACCAACAUUCCGCAAAUUCAUCAUGAAUCCGAUCAAUUCAGCGUCCACUUUAAAGGCUCGCUUUCAGAAUCUUCGAACGCUGCUUCAAACAGUCUGUAGAGAAGCGAUUGACAGAGUAAUAAGUGGACGCAGUGGCAAGAAGGGCAACAUAAACUCUACAAUGCUCGAAUAUCUCCUCCGCCUACGCUUGUUUUGCAACAACGGCAACUCAGAGGCUGUACUGCAAAAGGACAUGAAGGGAGUUCCGGCGGAUCCAGAUGAACUAUUGACUUAUCUCCAACAGCAUGACCGGAACAUCUGCAUGUAUUGUUCCGGGGUAAUUUAUUCCAUCAACGACUCGUCCGAGACCGACGGGGGGGUGCUUUUGUCCGACCUUCGUCAGGAUCCUACGCACAAGAGCAUCGUAUUUUCUUCUUGGAAAAAGACACUCGGUGUCGUUGGCAAACUUCUGGACAUGCACGGAAUACGUUACGAUAUGAUCGAUGGCACGCUUUCGCUACGUAAGCGCAUCAAAGUGUUAAAAGAUUUCCGGUCCUCUGAUGGAGCGAACAUCUUGUUGAUGACGCUUGGGACUGGUGCAGUAGGACUCAACCUAGCGAUAGCAUCACGUGUCUAUCUCUUAGAACCGCAAUGGAACCCGCAUAUUGAAUCUCAGGCAAUCGGUCGAGUCCUUCGCCUUGGGCAAACCGCCCAGGUCGUGAUUAUUCGAUACAUCAUGGCGAAUACCAUCGAAGAGAGCAAUAUUCUCUCAAAACAGGAGCGAAAACGCCAAUUGGCGGGAGGAGGAUUCCGCAAUGGAAAGACCGUGCAGCCCGACAAACUUCACGCGCUACUGGAUGUUUUUGAUGUUGAUUUGGCCCCGAAGUCGUUGGAUGCUUGAUCUGAGGUGGUGGGUAGAUUCCGAUGUGUCUGUUCGAUUGGUGGUAACAUGGAAUAUACUGUGGGCCGCAUUACGGCUCUAUUAUUACUUCUAUAUCCUAUACUGGAUGGCAAUGAAGAUUGAGACUGCGCGACAGGCGAUGCUCUCAUGCCUCGAUUGGUUGCAAGCGGCGUGUUCAGCCUUGCUGGUGGUUUGGGG